UGGAAUCCAUAUAAGACAGUUAAUUAAUUUGAGAGUUACAAGACACUCUUCAAAUCCUAGCUACACGCCUAUACCCCCUUUUCACAUGGCUUUCUUUAAACCUUUCUGUGUACUAAUUGUGAUUUCUUUGUGUUUUGUCACCUGCAAAUCAGAUUAUUAUGAUCAAGAUGCGGGAGAUCAGUCUCGGGUGAUAGACAGAGCAUUGGUUUGUUUCAAUGAUAACUUUAUUUUCAGCAGUUGUGCGGCGAAUAACAGAUUGACCCAGACGGGACUUAUCAACGUUCCACCUGAACAAACCGAUGGCUACUGUAACGGACCAUGCCUAGCAGAGACGAAAUUGGUUCUUAAUUGCAUUGAUAAUAUGUUGUCAAAUUUCUUGUUUUACAACAAAGCCACGGUAAGAGAUAUAAGAUCUAGUCUUAGAACUGGAUGUGGAUUUUCCAAUGAAAGAGGGAAUUUCAAUGUAGCACGGGGACUUGGAUAUUGGAACCAUGCAAGCAGCCGAAUUUCAUUGCUCAAUCAUCCCAUGUAUCUGUUAAUGUACGUAGUAAUAUUAGGGGUUGUUUACUUAUGAUGAAAAAUGCUUGUUGAAUCGGCUUGAAGAAAAUUGAUCACGGAGAUCAGCAUAUGUGUCUGUGAGAAUUUUUGUCUCCGACUGACCACCCUGCAUCAUGGAAUCUGUCCCGGUUUUCCUGGCGCCACGUUUAUAUAGC